AUGUAUAAGCAUAUGUAUUUUUGCGAACAAAUCCGAUUCUAUCUUGGAGUUUUGGAUCUUGAUUUAGCACUUUUAAGUGAGAAACCUGCUGCAAUUACUUCUGCUAGCAGUGAUGAGGAUAGAUCUUUCUAUAAAGCUUGGGAAAGAUCAAAUAGAUUGAGCUUAAUGUUUAUGCGAAUGACUGUAGCAAACAAUAUUAAGUCCAUAAUUAAGAACACUGAAGAUGCUAAGAAUUUUAUGAAAUCUGUGGAAAAAUGUUCUCAGUCAGAGUCGGCUGACAAGUCACUUGCUGGAACACUUAUGAGUACUUUAACCAACAUCAAGUUUGAUGGUUCUCAUACUAUACAUGAGCAUAUCCUUGAAAUGACGAACUUGGCAGCAAGGUUAAAGACCAUGGGAAUGGAAGUUAAUGAGAAUUUUUGGUAA